ACAAGCAUAAACAACAGUAAAAACGGUUGAUACGCAAAGUCUAUUUAUUGGCAACGAUAAGCAACGGUUCCCUCCCCCUUUCUCUUCCUUUUUGUUUUGCAGUUAUUAUUAUCUCUUUACUCAUUUUCCUUUUUAUCUGUCUACUUUCUCUUUAACUUCUUGUAUUAAACCUGUCAAGUAAAGGUAUUUUUGUCACUUCUUUCCCAGAAACAUGGCAAAAUCAUUAUCCACAGUCAUAUUUAUUUUUUUCGUUAGUUAAAUCAUGCUUGUGAACUCUUCCUUCCGUCAUUAUCCAUACGUGUCUCCUCCUUCUUUCCAAUCAUCACCGCCCUCGCAACUAUACAUGGAUGGAGUACCGUGUCAUUUGAUUUCCUCAUCAAAUCAUUCUAGUCCCACGUCCUUGAGUCCUACGCACAGUCCCUCAGUGCACGGAUUUCCUAGUUUGCAACACCCAUAUUCGUCACCGCCGCAGUCAUCACCUUCAGCUUUAUUCAUGGUGCCAUCACCUCCGGCUAGUUGUUUGUCGACCACAAAUAUCCGCUAUGAAGUUAUCCUUGAAGCACCUACAGCAGCAGCACAAAAGGCCGAGGAGUCACCUUUGACUUACCUUAACAAAGGUCAAUUUUACAAUAUAUCGUUGAAAGAUAUGGAAGGGUACAAUGGGAACAUCACCAGUACGCUGAUUAUCAUGUUCCAUGACGAAAACCAUCGAAAAGUUGCCAGUAACUACUGGAAAUUCUGGAAAAGCCAACAAAAAGAUGGUGUCAAUGCACGAGCCGUUGAUCUCGAUGUGAGCCGCUCAAAAGGUAUCCAAAAUGUCGAAUGCAAAUACUUUGAUCGUGUUACGUUCCAAUGGAACGGCAAUAAGGGAGCCUCGGUUAAUAUCCGGUUCAACUGCCUGUCGACCGACUUCUCACGAAUCAAGGGCGUCAAAGGUAUUCCUUUACGCUUACAUAUGGAAAGCCAUGCUGCUUCUCCCGAAGUUCUCGAAAAGACUUAUUGCAGAAUCAAGCUAUUUCGUGAUAAAGGUGCAGAACGCAAGAACAAAGACGAUGCCAAGUAUAUUGAGAGACAACUGGAGAAACUACGAGGAAAGAAUGGAGAAGCUCACCCUUUGUGGUUGACUCAUUCUCAAACACAAGCUUUCACCCUAUUUCGUGAAAUUCCCGCUUCUGCCACUGAAGAAAAGAAUCUCCUUCUACCCAACGAAAGUCCACAAGCCAUGACACUCCCUCCGCCAACAGUUCCAUGUCGUGGCAUCAAGCGCCCUUCGUGCUCGCCCGCUGAGGAGGAUGUACAGUUCCAUCCUAGUCUUCGGUAUAUGAUGCCCAGUCUCGACGUCGAUCCUACCUAUAUACCACAGUGCCGACGUCGUAUUGCCAAACUCAGCAUCUUUGUACGCUUCGGAAACAGCGAUGUACACCGUGCUGUGUAUCUUGAACACUUGACCGUGCAAGAACUCAUCCAAAAGAUUGCCGAAAAAAUGAACCUUAACAGACAAGUUACGGACGUGAUUCGCCAUGUUUCCACCCAAAAGAAAGAUCAUCUCGUCGUUUCGGUAGAUGAUGCUAUGGUUGAAGAUAUCCCAGAACAACAAGAUAUGGAGAUUGACACAAAACUUAACGAUGACGGUGCCUUAACCCUCAUUCUUCGCUAUUAGUCGCCAUUGCAUCAUGCUUUUUUUUCUCUUUUUCUUCCUUUUGAUUGUCUUCAUUUCGCCUGCUAUUUCACCACGGGUUUGUUUAUUGUAUACAGAUGCACCACCAAUGUUAUUUCUAUCCAUGUAAUUUCCAGUCCUUCUGUGUUUUCUUUCUUUCAUCCUUUGUUAACGCUCGUACAUAAGUUUUCCAUUCUAUGCAUAUCACCUACUUUUUAUCGUUCAUUUUUUUCUUUGAUUAGGUGAAUAAAACAAAUAUCCAUGUUCUUCUUUUUGCUGGCACAAAAAAAAGGCACUUGUCAACCAACUACCGAUGUUCGAACACCAAAAUGAUGAUUUACAAAUAAAUGCAGUUAUUUUUAUUAAUUGACAUUUUAAAAGGUUUAUUGGCCACCCAUUUCCUUGGCGAGUUCUUCGGCACGCUUCUGGACAUCGCUGAUAUCACCCUGCAUGUAGAAAGCGGAUUCGGGAAGAGCAUCGUGCUU